CUUUUUAGAAAAGCGAGAGUCAAUAACAAUCUACACGCACACAUACUUUAGUGAAGACUACGACAUAAUCAUGCAUUCUUAUGAAGAAGGGAAUAAAAAGACGUCAGGUUCUAAAAAAAAUAAAAAAAAACUUGUCAAUUAAAGUACAAAAGUCUGGUAACAAGGAGGUGAUUAGUGCACACAAAACUAAGCAUUCACACCUUAAGCCUACAAAAUCACGAGCUCCAAUUCCUUCACAUGUAUCUAAAAAGCCUUCAGCAUUGCCACCCUCUUCUUCGCAGCCACCACAAAAAUUCAAGAGAAAUUUAUUAUCUUCCCAUGCCGAUCAUACACCAUCACCAUCACCAUCACCAUCACCAUCACCAACUGAAUCACCAUACUGUUUACCUAUCCAACCUCAAUCAUUUCAUAAUGCUCCUAAUAAUGAACGAAAUUUAUAUCAUGCUCACUUAUCGGAUGAAAAUCAUAACGAUGGAUCUCUUGCUCAAGAAGGUGAACUUGUCACUCAAGAAGGGCUCUUGAAAAUAGAGCCUUUUGGCAAUGAGUUUAAUCCAUGUACUGCUGUUCGUCAUGUAACAAAUGCCAUUAAAAGCAAAUUUUCAGAAUUCUGCCCUUCCUGGAAACAUGCUAGUGAGCAAAUGCGAGAUUUGUGGUUUACUGAAUUUAAGAAAAAUUGUAUGUGGGAACCUCAACACAAUGCAAGAAUUCGUCAAAUUUUUUAGAUUAAAGGGAGUGAUCGAUUAAGAUCGUUGAUGAAUCAGGAGAGACGCAAUUAUUCAAAAGACCCUAACCAUGUACCAAAAUAUAUUCCUGAACCCGUUUGGCGUCAACUAUUACAUUAUUUUGCUACAGAUUCGAAAUUUAAGAACUGGUCAGCAGCAAAUACUGUGAAUCGAGCAUCAAAUGCUGGAAGUUCCAUGCAUACUGGUGGUUCCAUAUCUAUGGGUGAACAUGCACGCAGAAUGGGUGAAUUCAAAAAGCGAAAGACAGAACUUUCUCAAGUAGCUUUAUCCUUGGAUAAUGAGGGAGAUGUUGAGGCAACCAAGGAAGGCCUAGAUAUACCAGAUGAUUAUACUGUUUGGAACGAAGUUGUGACAAAGGAAAAAAAGAAAGCUGCCUUUGAUUUAGGUUCUUUUGGUUUAGAUCUCUCUUCAAAGUUGGAUUCCAGAAAUUGUUCAGAGACAUCCAAAGACAAUCUAAAUAUUGAGCAAGAACUUCACAUGUGGAAAGAAAAGGCAAAGGAGCAGGAAAUGAUCAAUGAAGAGCAAAAGGUUAAGUUGAAAGAUGCUGAGCACAAGUUAAAAGAUCAAGGACGUCAACUAAAAGUUCAACAGAAAAGAAUUGGUUCUACUGAAAAGACAAUUCAUGCUUUAUAUAAAAAGUUGAAUCUGCCACUUCCUUCAACCUUGUCUGAUCCUACGGAAGAUGAGCUUGGGACAGGCUCUAGUGAUGAUAACAUGAGUGAUUGAUAUUUGGAGUAUAUAUUUUUUCUGAUUUAGAUU